AUGGACACAUUGCGCUCGCGGCCACUGAAGGGGAGAUGCUGGUGCAGUGGACUAGCCUCACCGCAACAAGCCCUGGAGUGCAGUGGAGUGUGCAGCGUUCUGGCACACCCUAUCGAAAGCAUGGUUGCAGCUUCCACGAGUUCGAAAUACGGCGCGGAGGACUUAUGCGGCGUCCCAGCGAACCGAGAGGGUUAUUUAGAUCCUGGUUUCCAGCACGCGGCCGCCUUGGCGUGGCCGGCCAGUGCCGAGCCUGGCACGAAGAUCUUCUACAGGUUUGGCUCGAUCGCAGAGGACGUUUGGUCAACAGAGCGCUGGUUCGAAGUCCCACAUCAUGCAGGCCCGAAUGUGUCCACGACAAUACUUGUGGUUGCGGAUGUUGGAACCGCCGAGCCAGACUCGUUCCAGUCCCACUGGUCGAACCCACUCGGCGGCCAGACUGGAUCCGAAGUGCUGGCAAAUGUUACUUACGCGCGGAUCCGAGAUGCUCCACAGAGUCAGGCAGUGCUUCACAUUGGGGACAUCUGCUACGCGACUGGCUAUGCAGCGAAAUGGGAGUUCUUCAUGGAUCAUAUCGAAGAUCUCGCCACGCGAACACCUUACAUGGUUUCUCAAGGGAACCACGAGCGGGACUGGCCUGGCACCGGGUCCCUUGGCUCAACGGACAGCGGUGGGGAGUGCGGUAGGCCUAUGGAAUCACGUUUUCGAAUGCCCACCCCGUCUCAGAAACAGAAACUUGGAUGGUACUCCAUUGACAUUGGUGCGAUGCACAUUGUCAUGUUGGAUACUGAGUUGCCUUGUGGGAGAGGUUCGGAUCAGCUGGAAUGGUUGGCAGCGGAUCUGAAAUCGGUGGACCGAUCGCGCACGCCGUGGCUCGUCGUGACUGGGCAUCGUGCGAUGUACAGCGUAGAUGGAGACUACCAUCUCGAAAGCGUAGGCCCCGAUCUUUCGGAUUCAUUCUGCCUUGGAGCAAGCAGCUCAGAUUUGGAGGAUCUUUUUUUGACGAAUGAGGUUGACUUGUGUUUGUGGGGGCACUUUCACAAUGCGUUGGCCACGUGUCCCGUCUACAAUGGAACCUGCGUUUCGCAGCCCACUUUGUCCAGCUCGCGCCUGGGCUACAUGUACUCGGCACCUGUGCAUGCGGUUAUCGGGAACGGCGGUCAGACUUUGACUCCUACCGCGAAGCGCCCAGCACCGUGGGUGGCGUGGCAAGCUAGCACGUGGGGGUGGAGCGCGUUGACAGCAGAAGGCUCACGGCAACUGCGGUUGACAUUCUACGCCGAAGACAACGCCACUCUUCAUCACAUACAGCUGGGGACGUGGGGUGACUGUGACGGCUCCUCUCCCCUCUAG